AUGGGUCGUUGUUAUGGUGGUUAUCCCAACAACUUCACCUCACCUCGGCCUGGCUCGUCUCAGCCUCAUGAGCACACCGCCUUACUGUUUGAUAACUCUGGUCGUCUGAGAUGUAAUGCCGAUUCCAAGAGCCAGCGUAAAAACCCUAACCACGUGACCCAACCAUCGCAGACGUCCCUCUGCAGCUCAUUCAGCAUGAUGGCUGCUGAUGCUGCAGCAGCUUCAUCCUCAACAAACCGCACCGCACUUCAUUCCUGCAGCCUGCUGUUAUUUAACUUCUCUAUCCUUCUCAUCAUCGUAUUCUUUCUCCCAGCUCCGGCGAAGGGAUUGCUUGGUGUCCGCCCAGAGAACACUAAAGCCGGUGAACUGUCUGUGCAAGACGGGCUGCUCCAGGCGACCGAGGGGACGCGGUUCAUGCUGCGGGUUUACUACGCAGCAUCCCCGGUUACACAGAGAGCCCAGAACCGCUCUGGGAGCGGGAGACCAGAGGGUGCAGCUGCCGCACCAUGGAUCGCCUUCAUAGAGGAGCCAGGAGGAGAGCGAGAGAGAGGAGAGGGGGAGAGCAUGGUCCAUUCCAAACGGAACCCGUGCGUGGACGAGCAUGCGCGGAGUUCUGACAUCGAACUCCUGGGUUCCUUCAGGUCUGCAUCCAGCCACAACUCCGUUCUAGUGGAGCUGCUCGCCAAAGACCUGCGCAAAGAUGAGCGGAUAAAAUACUACUCCAUUUGCGCGUUUGAUGGGGUGAAGUGGGAACAUUUCACCACCAGAGACUUCUGGCUAGCCGUGGUGGAGCGACCCCCGCAAGCGGACGUGUGGCUCCAGUUGGGGGUGUCGGUGGUGCUACUGGGGCUCUCUGCGCUCUGCAGCGGGCUGAACAUCAGCAUGCUCGCCCUGGAUCCCGUUGAGCUCCGGGUCCUCCAAAACAGCGGCACCGAGAAGGAACAAAAAUAUGCGCACAAGAUCGAAUCUGUGCGUAAACAUGGCAACUACAUCCUGUGUACUGUGGUGCUGGGCAAUGUGCUGACCAACACCUGUUUCGUAGUGUGGAUGUGCCAGAUUAUAGGAAUGACUCCCACCUCCCUUGCUACCUGCACUUUCGGUAUAUUCUUUAUAGGAGAGAUCCUGCCUCACUCUGUGGCGUCCAGACACAGCCUCGCCAUCGCCUCCAAAACCAUCUGGGCCACCCGGCUUCUAAUGCUGGUCUCCUUCCCCAUCUCCUACCCCGUCUCCAAACUCCUAGACAUCAUGCUCCACCAGGAGAUCAGUAAUUUCUACACCAGAGAGAAACUGGUUGCCAUGCUGCGCGUCACAGACCCCUACCACGAUCUGGUCAAAGAAGAACUCAACAUCAUCCAGGGCGCUCUGGAGUUGCGCACCAAGAACGUAGAAGAAGUUCACACCCCUCUGGCGGACUGUUACAUGCUCUCCUCGGAUGCUGUUCUAGACUUCUGUACUAUGUCUGACGUCAUGCAGAGCGGGUUCACCCGGAUCCCGGUCUAUGAGAACGACAGGUCCAACAUCGUUGAUAUCCUGUUCGUCAAAGACCUGGCGUUCGUGGACCCGGAUGACUGCACCCCGCUGAAGACCAUCACCCAGUUCUACAAACACCCCAUGCACUGUGUGUUCAGCGACACCAAACUGGAUGUGAUGCUGGAGGAGUUCAAGAGAGGUAAAUCCCAUCUGGCUAUAGUCCACAGGGUGAAUAGUGAAGGGGAGGGAGAUCCAUUCUACGAGGUCCUGGGAAUCGUUACUUUGGAGGAUGUUAUCGAAGAAAUCAUCAAGUCUGAGAUUGUGGACGAGACAGACCUCUUCAUUGAUAAGAGGACUAAGAGGCGCGUGUCUCACCAUGAGAGGAAGCAACACGACUUCUCCAUCUUUAACCUGACAGAGAACGAAAUGAAGGUGAAGAUGUCUCCUCAACUGCUGCUUGCUACACACCGCUUCCUGGCCACAGAAGUGGAGCCCUUCAGGCCAUGUCAUCUCUCAGAGAAGAUUCUCCUUCGUCUGAUCAAACACCCCAGUGUCGUUCAGGAACUAAAGUUUGACAGAAAGAACAAACAAGCACCACAGCACUUCCUGUAUAUGAGGAACAAACCUGUCGACUACUUUGUCCUAGUUCUACAGGGUAAAGUGGAGGUGGAGAUUGGUAAGGAGGCUCUUCGUUUUGAGAAUGGAGCUUUCUCCUACUAUGGCAUGCCAGCCCUCAUACCACCACUACCUAUAGUCAACAGGUUUGGUUCUGGUAGCAGUGGGUUGAACCAGUCAGAGUCUGUCUUAUCAGGAGGCAGUGUGGGUCAGCUGAGUAUAGGAGGGGGAGCAGUCUACCUACCUGACUUCUCUGUCAGACAACUCACUGACCUUCAGAUUAUAAAGAUCUCAAGGAACCACUACCAGAAUGCUCUAACAGCCAGUCUUAUGGACAGUGUACCCCAGACCCCUGAUCCCGACGGGAGACCCACCAUCCCUGAGACCCGCUCCCUCAGCAUCGCCCUGCCCCUGACACACACAUACACACACCUCCGACCCGUCCUGGAACGACACACACACACAGAGGACAACACUGGACCACUCACCUCACAGCUCAACGAGAGAAACCGCAUCGUCCGCAGUAAGUCAGACGGACAGAGGAGUCCCAGUGAUUCGGUGUUUCUACGGAUGGAUGACAUACUCUACAUCCAAGAAGACCUACAAAAACACCGUCAGGAAGGCUCCCACCUAGAUGCUGUUCCUGUGGAGUUAGAUAUCAUCUGUUCUCUAUCUGGCUCAGAGGAGACACUGGGGAAGAAGCUGCUACGUAAACUGAGUAACAAGAAGAGGAAAAAGUCCCGGGAUGGGGAGAAGAGUGUGGAGGAAAGCUUGGAGCAGCCAUCGGUGACCACAUAG